CUUAAUCGAAACUGCUAGCAGCUGCGAGUACUCGACUAGUGUAUGAGAACUUUAGGAUGUAGCCCUUUUUAUUGUUCGAGAAAAAUUCUACAACAAUCUGAUAGGAAAUUUCUGAUGCCGUUCCUGAAAAACGCCUUGUGAUCGAGCAGAUAGUACAAAGGCAGCGAAGCAAGAAACCCAAACAGUCAGUUACGACGAAGCCACGAAAAGCGACGCUUCCCAACAAUCCUCGC